AUCAUCUCUUGAAGCUUCACUUCAACUUCACUACUUCUGUAGUCUCAUCUUGAGUAAAAGAGAACCCAGCCAACUAUGAAGUUCCUUGUCUUUGCCUUCAUCUUGGCUCUCAUGGUUUCCAUGAUUGGAGCUGAUUCAUCUGAAGAGAAAUUUUUGCGUAGAUUGGGAAGAUACAGUUAUGGGUAUGGCCCUUAUCAGCCAGUUCCAGAAGAACGACUAUACCCACAACCAUACCCACCACCAUACCAACAAUAUGCCUUUUAAUAUCAUCAGUAACUUCAGGACAUGAUUAUUGAGGUUUGAUUGGAAAUACAACUUCUACAUCCAUAUUCUCAUCCUUCAUACCAUAUCACACUACUACCACUUUUUGAAGAAUCAUCAAAGAGCAAUGCAAAUGAAAAACACUAUAAUUUACUGUAUACUCUUUGUUUCAGGAUACUUGCCUUUUCAAUUGUCACUUGAUGAUAUAAUUGCAAUUUAAACUGUUAAGCUGUUUUCAGUGCUGUUUCUGAAUAAUAGAAAUCACUUCUUCUCUAAAAGGAAUAAAUUUCAAGCACAUUCUUACGUGUAUGCUCCUUAUUUUUCUCUUUUCUAUUCAUAGGAGUAAUGAUUUCUUUCAUCAUCUUCUUUCCCAGUUUGACUAGCACAGAUUGAAGCACAUAAUGUCAGAGGUCCUUAUUU